AUGAAUGUUUUUGGUGUCAAUGGGUUGGGGAUUAAGGAGCAGACAAUCUGUAACCUCGAGAGGGGUACGAUUGUAACGAAAUUCUUCCCACGUCGGAAGCCGGAAAAGAAAACACUUAUGCUGAGACGCGAAACUGGCCAGGUAAUUUGGUACCCUAUAACGGCUGAAAAGGACAACAGGAGCAGCUUUGAGGGGAGCCUGGAAAUUCGGGAUAUCCGCGAAGUACGUGCAGGGCGAAAUUCAAAGGAAUUCGACAAAUGGGCUGAGGAGAGUAAGAAAGCCGAUCAGCAGACGUGCUUUGUGAUCUUCUAUGGCACAGAAUUCAAGCUUCGUGCCCUGUCAGUGGCAGCACUGUACCAGCGUGAGCGCAACAUGUGGAUUUCCGGUCUACGGGACAUGAUGCAUAUGGUGAGCACAUCAUCAUACCCACUGGUGGUGGAACGAUGGCUUCGCAAAGAAUUCUAUUCCAUGGAGAAUGCACGAGAGACGCUCACGCUGAAGGAACUUAAAUCCUUCCUGUCGAAAAUUAAUUGCAAAAUUAGCACACAGAAGCUCAGUGAGUACUUCAGUGAGGUUGAUCAGCGGAAGCGACACGAAAUUGGCUUUGAUGCCUUCACGAAGCUCUACCAGAAACUCAUGCUGACACCCAAUGUGCUGCAGGAUUGCUUCGACCGCUCCUUCCCGUAUUCGAAGAAUGAGCAAAUUGUAACACUUCAGGAAUUCCAAAAGUUCCUCCUUGUGGAACAAGAUGAACCCGAGGCCAAUGACAAGGGAUUCGUCUCAAAUCUCAUCAAGGACUUCAUCCAGGAUGUGCAGCGUGAUGUUCAGGAGCCCUAUCUUACUCUACCCGAGUUCGUGGACUACCUCUUUUCGCGCCAUAAUGAAAUCUGGAAUGGGAAGUGCAGUAAUGUGUAUCAGGACAUGACGCGUCCACUGUCGCACUACUGGAUAUCUUCAUCGCACAAUACAUAUCUGACUGGUGAUCAGUUCUCCAGUGAUUCCUCCACGGAGGCCUAUGCGAGAGCCCUACGAAUGGGAUGUAGGUGCAUUGAGCUUGAUUGCUGGGAUGGGCCAGACAAUAUGCCGCUCAUUUUCCAUGGGCACACAUUCACGUCGAAGAUUAAAUUUACGGAUGUCAUUAAGACAAUUCGGGAUCAUGCCUUUGUAACGUCUGAGUAUCCCGUGAUUUUGUCAAUUGAGCAGAAUUGCUCCCUAAAGCAGCAACGAAAUAUGGCGGAUGCCAUGAGGGAGGUAUUUAAGGACAACGAUAUGCUGUUGACGCAGCAAAUUGACAAGGGAGAGCAGGAAUUGCCAUCACCGGAACAGCUGAAGAGGAAGAUAAUUUUGAAGCACAAAAAGCUGCCGGAAGGUGAGGAAAAGAAUUCCAUGACGGAGGAGGGUGAAUGUGAUUUGCGGAAUAGUGAGAAGGAGGAGAUUUUGUACAUUCUCGACUUGGUGGAUAGACGAUGGGUACCACAUAGAUUUGCCCUGAGGCAGCAUAAGUUGAUGUACAGACCCGAACGGGAGGAUGCACGCGAUGAGGAGCCGGACUUUGAGAACCCCGUGCCAAAGCCCAAGGAUAGUAUUCACAACAAUGAGUUGCAUUUUGGGGAGAAUUGGUUCCAUGGGAAGCUCGAGGGUGGACGGGAGGAAGCUGAAAUGCUCCUCAAGGCGUACAGUCAUCUUGGCGAUGGGACUUUCCUUGUGCGGGAGAGUGCAACAUUUGUUGGGGACUAUUGUCUAUCCUUCUGGCGACGGGAUCGCCCCAAUCACUGUCGCAUAAAGUUGAAGCAUGAAAAUGGAAUGACGAAGUACUACCUUCUGGAGAAUCUCCUCUUUGAUUCCCUCUAUUCCCUCAUUAUGCACUACCGUCAAAAUGUCCUGCGAAGUGCUGAGUUUUCCAUUACACUGAAAGAGCCAGUGCCACAGCCGAAGAAGCAUGAAAAUAAGGAGUGGUAUCAUCCCAAUAUGACACGGGAGCUAGCAGAGAAAGUCCUUUCGCAGCGACAGAAUGAUGGGACAUUCCUUGUACGACCAAGUGAUACGGAUUCCAAUACGUACGUUAUCUCCUUUUGGGCACACAAGAAGAUUAAACAUUGUCGCAUAACCGUUGAUGGAAGACUCUACCUGGCCACAGGGACGCAAUUUGAGAGUCUCGUCAGCUUGGUUAAUUACUACGCAAAGAGCCCACUGUAUAAGACAGUCAAACUCACUUAUCCCAUUACGCGGGAGAUGCUGAAGCGUAUGAGUAGCUCUAUGAUUGAACUUGGGGACUUUUUGGAGGAUCCAAUGGCCGAUGGGACAUCCAGCUACAUGGACCCAUCGUCGGUAGAGGAAAAAAUCACCGUAAAAGCUCUCUUUGACUACAAAGCCCAGCGGGAUGAUGAGCUGUCCUUCUGUAAGCAUGCAAUCAUUACGAAUGUGAAGAAGAAGGAGAAUGAAAUGUGGUGGACUGGAGAUUACGGAGGGAAGAAGCAACACUACUUCCCGGCAAACUAUGUCACAGUCAUUGAAACAACAGAAGGAUGUUGCGAUGAGAAUGCUAAUACAACGCACAAAGAGCUGGAUGUCAAUGGGGCAGUUGUUGAAAUUGACACAGUUGACAUUGUGGAUCAGGAGCGUCCCAUUCAGUACAUCCUGCGCGUUCAGACUCCCUCAAUGGAUAAAGUGUUUGACAUUGGAUGCGAAAGUGAGGCUGUUGCAAUUGAAUGGAUGGCCGCCAUUAAGGAAUCAGCCCAAAAUGCCUCAGCUCUGGCGGAUGAGCGAAGGAAGAAGGAGAAGAAUUUGCGUGUAGCCAAGGAAAUGUCCGAUAUGAUUAUCUACUUCCGGAGUGUGCCAUUCAAGGAGGAUCGUGAUCUGCUCUUCUACGAAAUGUGCAGCUUCUCCGAGACAAAGGCCGAGAAGUACUUCUUCCAGCAGCAUCAGCAGCAUUUUAUCAAGUACCACCGAAAGUUAAUUAGUCGCGUCUACCCAAAGGGUCAGCGUUUGGAUUCAUCGAAUUUCAACCCCAUUCCCUUCUGGAAUAUUGGAAGUCAAAUGAUUGCACUGAAUUUCCAAACAGCCGAUAAAAUGAUGCAAAUUAAUCAGGCGAAAUUCCGCGAUAAUGGCGCCUGUGGGUACAUCCUCAAACCGGAUUUUAUGUUUACGGAUGUCUUUGAUCCCAACAUGCCCAAUACACUGAUUGGGGUUGAGGGGAAAACCAUAAAUAUUCGCAUUAUUGGCGGAAGGCAUCUCUUCAAGUCUGGACGCAAUAUUAAUAGCCCACUAGUGGAGGUGGAGCUUCUUGGGGCCUCGUACGAUGCUGGGGUUAAGCAUAAGACGAAAGCAGUCGCGGACAAUGGCUUCAAUCCAAUCUGGAAUGAGAUUUGUGAGUUCCACGUGAAGAAUCCACAUUUUGCAAUGCUGCGUUUUGAGGUGCAGGAUGAGGAUAUGUUUGGGGAGCCCAACUUUAUAGGACAGGCCGUCUUUUCGGUCAAUGCAAUUAAAAGUGGCUACAGGAGUGUGCCUUUGAGGAAUAAAUACAGCGAGGAGAUCGAGCUUGCAGCCCUUCUGGUGCAUAUAUCAAUUAGGACUGGAUAAAUCUAUAUAUUUUUGUAGUAUUAGUUACAUGAUGGUGUCUUUCAUUAUUUUAUCUCUUCAUUAACAUAAAAGUCUUGCAAUUAUUUUUUAAAAAACCUCCAUUCUUGGAUUUCAUCUUCAAUGUUAAUCCACUAAUGGGGUGUUUGUUUUUAUGUAUACAAAAAAUGUCUCGUUAUCAAUAAAAAAGAGCCUCUAAAUUGGCUUUAAAAUUUAAUAAAAAAUAAA